GCACGCGCAAAUGGGCGUUGGUCCACGAUGCGCACGCGCAUUUUCUUGUUAAUUUGUUUUCUUAUCAGAAAAGCGUAUUCGUCGAGAUUGAUUGAUAAACAAAUAUUCGGCCCGCAAAACGUCCCAGUCCCGGGUCGUGUUCCUUCAGUUAUACAUUUUUUUAAUUUCGGAAUUAUUGCAGUACCGUACAGACAACGCAAUUAAUUUUGUAGACGUUAAAAGUGCGACAAUUAGUAAACCUAAAUUUUACGGUUGUUCGUUGACUUCGGCUGCCAAACCGGUUGACACGGUUUCCGAAUUCCAAACAACACUUUUCGUUCAUGGCUAUGACUCUAGGAAAGGAUACCAUGGGAGAGCAGCCAAUAUUUACAUGCAAGGCCCAUGUAUUCCACAUAGAUCCCAAGACAAAAAAAUCAUGGAUAUCGGCAUCCACAGUGGCUGUCAAUGUUUCAUUUUUUUUCGACUCCCACCGAGCAUUGUAUCGCAUCAUUAGUGUAGAAGGAAGCAAAGCUGUCAUAAACAGUACAAUAACUCCAAAUAUGUCCUUCACUAAAACAUCACAAAAAUUUGGUCAAUGGACUGACAAUAGGGCUAAUACUGUGUAUGGUCUUGGGUUUUCUUCCGAACAAGAAUUAAAUAAAUUUAUACACAAGUUUGAAGAAGUAAAAGAAAAAACAAGACAAUCGGCAGUAAGUGGACCACAACAGAUCCAACAAGCGUUUAUGAGUUCAACAACACCAAUUACAAGUGCUAAUGCUAGUCCUGUUACUACACGUAUUAGUCAGUCAUCUGAUGGUCAAAGUAUUAUUGAACCUCCCAACAUGACACCAACUGAUCCAAAUACUACUCCAGAAGAUACUAAUUCAACUGAACAAAUGAUUAACCAAAUGUCUAAAACUAUGAUUUCCAAUGCUAAUCAUGCUGCAGAAAGUCCAAAACACCAAGGAAGCAAUGAUGGACGUAUGAGUGGUGGAAAUAUAAUGUUACCUGAAUCUCAAUUAAAAUAUGAAAAUGAAAGAUUAAAAUUAGCUUUAACUCAUAGUUCAGCAAAUGCAAAAAAAUGGGAAAUUGAACUUCAGACACUAAAGAACAAUAACUUAAGAUUAACCAAUGCAUUGCAAGAGAGCACAGCAAAUGUAGAUGAGUGGAAACGUCAGUUGCAAUCUUAUAAAGAGGAAAAUCAAAGAUUGAAAACUAGAUAUCUUGAUGCUGAAGUAGCCAAAGGAGGAUCAGAAGUUGCUUCAGAAUUAAGGAAUGAAUUAACUAAUUUACGCUUGAAAGUUGAAAACCUUGAUAGUGAGUUGAAGACUAAAAAUGAAGAAAUCCAAAAGAUGACUAUGAAUAGAAUGCCACUUGAAGAAAAAUGCAAGGUUCUUAGCCAAGAAAAUGCUGAACUUCAAGCUGCAGUUAGUCUAGCACAAGCACAAUUGGAAACAGCUUUAGCAGCACAAGAAUCACAACGGCGUGUUAUAGAUACACUUAACAAUAGCCUAUUUGUACGCAUACAAGAAUUGGCUGCAAUACAUAGGGAAAUGACAACUGCUAUACAAACCUAAGGUAUAAUGAUUUGUGAAUAAUAAAAUGACAAUUGGUUGUAGAAAUCAUAAUUUAAAAUUUUAUUCAUUUUUUAAAUCACAUAAUUAUAUUGUUUUUAUUUAUAUUAUUUUAUUCAUAAGAAAAUCAAUGAAAAGUAUAAGUUUAAGAAAAAGGCAAGUUUAUCUAGUUAACAAAUGUACAUAAUAUCUUUUGCAAAUUUUGCAUAUUUAUAACUAUUCAAUUUUUAAUUUCUUGUAUAUUUGUGAUUUGUGAUUGAAUAAGAUUUAGAAAUAAAUUAUAUAUAAUUUUGUAUUAUUUUAAAAUAAAUUAAUGAAACUAGUAUACUUACAAAGUAAUAAUUAGUGUUUGGAAGUUAUAGGAGGUAAAUUAAUAAGUAUGCAAACAAAGUAUGUCAAAUACGCAAAAUUUAAAAAGAAGGUAAUUUAUUAAUUGAUAGUUUAUUUAUAUAUAUUGCAUACUAAAAACUUCUUUGGUAUUAAUGAAACGUAGAAAUAACAAAAAUAAGGAUAUGUUUUCAUAGCAAAAUAUUAAUAACAAACCUGAUACCUUAACAAAAAUAUAGCAUUAUCAUAAAGUUUUGUAAUUGUAAAUAAAUUCACUUUAUGUUAAUUCAAAUAAAUCUUUUGAAAACAAAGAAUAUUAAUAUGCAUAUAAAUAAAGAAAUAUAUUUUUAAAUUUUUUGUUUUUAAUAUGUCAUAUAGAAUGGACUUCCUACUUGAUCUGCUCUAAUGCAGGCAUGUAUAUAAAAUAAUGUAACUCCUACAACUUCCAAUCCCUAGUUAAAUUAUGCAAUUUAAUACAAUUUAAUUGCAUGUCUCAUUUCUUCAGAAAUAACUUGUUUAAUGAGUUACUUUUAGUGAUGCGAAAUACUUUUAUUUGAUGCAUUGAUUGAGCCAAACAGUACCAAAUUUGAUAUUUUAUCAUUAAAUAAAUGUUUUUUUUUUUUUAUGUAAACCUAAAAUUGCACUUAUGAUUGAUCUAAAAUAAUUUAACUAAGAAAUAGACAUAUGUUCAAAUUAUUGUUAAGACUUUAAUUCCUUCUAUAAAAUUUUUAAUUUAAAUUAUUACUUAAUACUUAGAAAUUAAAUAUUAAUAUUAUUUUAUAAAUCUAAAAAAUGUAUCGAGUAUCAAAUAAAAGAGAAUCAAUUCUUUGAUAUCACCUAUCUCUAGUUCCUUUGCCAUUAUAACACUAAAUAUAAUUUUGGGAUAAAUGAGAAUAAUAUUGUUAAUUUACAUUUAUAGCGCGCUUAACAAACAGUUUUAUGUGCAAUUUACUUAUUAAGAUUUAAGAGCUUAUCAAAUAACUCGGCCUAAAUUUGAAAAAGUAUUACAAAUAUUAUUUUAUUUAUUUUUAAAAUGUAUUAUCAAAAGUAUUAUAUUAUUUUUACAAGUUUAAUUAUUUUCUCUCCAUAUUACAAAUGUAUCAUCAGUCUUUUUUGUUAUUUGUUUGUUUUGAUACUUAAAAAAAUACAAUUUUUUAUUUUUAUUGAUAAAAAUUUUAACUAAAGAAAUAUUGGUUGCUUACUGCUAUAUAAUAAAUGUGAUAUAUUAUUGUUUUUUUAGUCAUCUUGAUUUUAUUUUUUUCUUAUAUACAUUUAUAAUUAUUAAAACUAUUUGAUGUUCACAAACAAUUAUUGAAAUUGAUUUUCUUUGACAAAGAAACAACUCAUUUUUCUAAUUUACAUUUUUACCAUGCAUUUUUUUUAAAUAUUUUCACUGUUGUUUACUUCAUUAAUUAUAUAAAUAGAUUUCAAAUUAAAUUACAGUAAAAUAAGUUUUAGCUUUAAAUUAUAAAAUUAUUUUUUACACUACUACAUAUUUUUAGUUUUUUUGACUGAAUUCAUUUAUUUUUUCAUUUUAUUGUAUACAUUUGUAAAAUAAAUAUUUAUUUAUUUUCUAAUUAAUAACAAUUUUAAUAUAAAUGCCUAAAUUAAUAAUUUUAAACAUUUGGCUUCCUUGUGGUUCAGAAUAUUUUAGUAAUAUUAAAUUGAAUAGUUUCAAUUGUUUUACUGUAGAAUAUUAUUAAACUUAAUAAUAAUAAUUAAUUUAUUUAUAAUUUAAUGUGAUAAAUUAUGAUAUUGUGUUUACAAUUUAUGUUAUUAGUCAAAAAUGAUAUGAAUCAUAAGAAAGGUAUCAAUAAGCUUUUAGAAAAUUGUAAUAUUCAUAGAUAAAUGUAUUAUUUGUAUAUUAAAUUUUUUUUUAAUAAUAUUGCAUUAAAGUAUAUUUUAUUGUGUAUACUUUGAUUAUAGUGUUCAUUUAUAAAAAAUGAUCAAAAUAUAUUCGAAUAAAAUAUUUAUUUUUUAUUAUGACCCAUAAAAGGCUGACAAGUUUGAUCUGACAUGUGAAUUUAUAAAAAUAAAAUUCAACUAGUGAUAAAGGUGAUGUUGAGUUGUAUGAAGCCACAAGUUAUUAUUGAAUAGUAAAACAAUUUUUUUUCAACCAGUGAAUUGUUAUUUUGUUUUAUUCAUUGUAUUUUUAUUUUUAUCUAUCAGAUUCAAUUUUCCUAAAAUAUCUUAUGCUAAUAUAAAAAAAAAAUAUUUUAGAUAAAUAAUACAUUCAAUAAUUCAUUAUGUCAUCAAGCUUUUUGUUAAUAUUUUAAUUUAAGUUUUAUAAUAAUAUUAAUUGCAUGUGCGUGCCAAUUACACCUGUUAUAUUAAUUUAUACAUUUAAUAUGUUUAUUAUAUUCCUAAUUAAUUAUGUAUUCAUAACUGAAUAAUUCUAAUUAAUUUUAAGUCUAAUUAUAUUAUACAAUUGUACCACAGAUCAUAACAUUUUAGUUACAUGAUUUGAAAUUAAAUUUAAUCUUAUAUUUAUUUAAAUUUGUAUUUUAUCUAAUAUGCAUAUUGCAUAAUUAUGUCAAUGAGUCAAAUAAAUAUAAUUAAGCCUAUUCAAAAAUGUA